GGGGAGGUGCACUGAACCCAAUGCAAACUCAAAUCAAACACAAACACUCCACAAUGACUUCCACUUUCCCUACUAUUUCGGGUAAUAACAAUUACGUCCAUCCCCAUUUUUUAUUAUUUUUAUCGCCACCUCCCAACAUUAAUCCGUUAUAUUCCCUCCGCGAUCCCGUAUCUUUUUUUCCUUCGAAUACCAAACCUAAUCGCUCCUCAUCUUCAACGUAUUUCCCCACUCUUCGCUGCUCAUCUCCUUCCGUAGUUGCUGAUAUGGGUUCGAAUCCGAUUCCUGGCACUAGUGUUUACCCGUUGCAUCGGUCUAAAACUAUUCACCUGGUGAGACAUGCUCAAGGAAUUCAUAAUGUAGCAGGAGAAAAGGACCACAGUGCCUACUUAUCUCAAGAACUCUUUGAUGCCCAUCUCACUCCACUAGGCUGGCAGCAGGUGGACAAUCUGCAUAAGCAUGUUCAUGCAUCUGGGAUCAUCGAUAGAGUUGAAUUAGUUGUUGUUUCACCACUGUUAAGAACUAUGCAAACAGCAGUUGGAACUUUUGGAGGUGAAGCUGGUGCAGACGGAACAAAUGUACCUCCCCUAAUGAUGGAAAAUGCUGGUAAAAGUAACCGCCCUGCAAUCUCAAGUUCGAAAUGUCCACCUUUCAUAGCUGUAGAGCUUUGCCGAGAGCAUAUGGGAGUUCAUCCAUGUGAUCAAAGAAGAAGCAUCAGCGAGUACAAACCCAUAUUUCCUGCUAUUGAUUUCUCAUUGAUAGAAAAUGAAGAUGAUGUUUUGUGGAAAGCUGAUGUAAGAGAGAAGAAUGAAGAGGUUGCUGCCAGAGGAAAGAAAUUUUUGGACUGGCUGUGGACGAGAAAGGAGAAAGAGAUAGCGGUUGUCACCCAUAGUGGAUUUCUUGUUCAUACCUUAAGAGAAUUUGGAGACGAUUGUCAUCCUUCCAUUAAGAGUGAAAUGGGCACAUUCUUUAACAACUGUGAGCUUCGGUCUGUGGUCAUUGUUGAUAAAAGUAUGAUAGGUUCAGAUUCUUCGACAACCGACUUUCCUGGCAAAAUCCCUAGCGGGGCUGAUGUUCCAAGUGAUACUGCUGCAACUUGAGAAGUCAGAAGUUCCAGACGAUGAAGUGCGCACUUCUUUGAGGACUUUAUUUUUUCGGAACUAGGAUACCUAGACCAUUCCAUUCAUUUUACUAGAUUGGCACUAGUUUGUAUACAUUGUUUGGAAACGGAAGCAGAAGUUCUGUAAAACUAUAUAGGCACAGUAUUGACCUAAAGGUCCCUUUUAUUGCGAAAUAAAGUGAAGGGAAGUGAGCAACUGUGGUGAUCAUGAAAGAAACCACCACUCGAAAAAUAUUAUUUGCA